UUUGAUUAGUGUCUCGCAACCAUUGGUCGAGUCAAGUCUGAUUUAAUCGGCAAUAGAUUCGUUGAUCAAUUAAAAAAUACUCGAUUGAAAAAGCUUGCAUUGCAAUAUAAUCUGUUGAAUUUCAUUUGUGAGCUCUGUCGGCAAUAGAAUUGUUGAUCAAUUUAAAGAUAUUUGAUUAAAAAAGCUUGCAAAAUAAUCGAGUUGAGUCGCGAGAGUUGAAAAUAGAAAGGUAAGCAGCAAAUCAUAAGGGAUGGCAAGUUUCCUGUCAGGACCGGCAGCGCAGUUGGUUGGCGCUGGCAUGCAAGCCAUCGGGGUGGGUAUUCCCGUAGGAGAGACCUCGACUAAGGUAAUCGACGGUUUGCGUAACGUUGGGGUACCGGUGCCCCCAAAGACCUGGUUCAAGCGCAAGGACGACGACAAAGAUCAGCAGCAGAUAAGGCAUCGUCGAGCAAAGGACGAACGCUCCAACAAGACUGUCUAUGACAAGCUCGAGGCUCACGUGAACGGCGUGAUACAGGUCGUCAAGCCGGUGAUUGAGCUGAAAAACCUAGUGCGCGAAAACUGCUGCAAAUCCGCCGAGCGUCCCAGACGAGCAAGCUCUCAAUCUCCCACAGACGACCUAAAAUAUUACACACCUCAGAAGUGCUCCUCGAAGGCCUGCAAUCCGUUUAAUGAUCAAAAAUUAGCCUCUCCCAAGCGUAAAGCUGCGAAUAAGCGUGAGAAACGCCCUUGCGCCAAACUACAGUACAACAGCUCCGAUGAAGAGGAGCAGCACUGCAUCUGCUGCUCCAGAUCGAGAUCGCUGUUCAAGCUGCCUUGCGGCCGCCUUAUUUGUUCCAAGUGUGACGAGACAGCAGAUCACGAAUUAGAAUUAAACAUGCCUCGCACCAAAACACGACGAACGCAGAAUCCAGUUGCCAUUAUAGAUUUAACUGAGGAUUCACCUUCCAACACAUCUUUGAGAUUAUCAAGGAUUCGACCAAGAACUGAAGAAUUGCAUGCCGAUAGCAACGGCGACGAUAAAAUUGUAAUUCCAUUAGAUGAUUCCACUGAAGAUUCUGAUGGCGAUGUGGAAGAUUUGGGUAUUCAUAGAAACAGUAGGACAGCAAUUGUAGUUAAUCUUGACGAUACAGUACUCUUAGAUGAUAAACCAAGUGAGAAAACUAUAGAUAAGCAAUUAGUGUUAAAUGAAUCACAAAAUAAAAAAGGAAGCUUAUCCUGUCCUAUAUGCUUUGAAAGUCUAUCAGAUGAUAACAUGAUACCUAUGUCUACUCCUUGUGGACAUGUGUAUUGUUUAGUAUGUUUGAAAAAAAUUACAGAAGAAAAAAGAAAAUGUGCACUUUGCCAGAGAUCAAUUUCUUUAGGCAAAUGCAUACGUCUUCAUAUAUAGGGAAAUUUAGAUUGAAAAUUACGUUUUAAACAUAAAAAUUUAAUUGUAUCAAGUGUAUUUAUUAUCCUAGAAAUUUGACAAAGAAUAGAAUGUUAUAUACAAUUUUAAUUAAUAUCAAUAUUGAAAAAAUGAAUAAAUUAAAGAUAUUUGUACUAAACAUUUUAAGAAUUAUUCUAUCUGUUUUUACAUUCUUCUUUAUAUACAUACAUAUUCCAGUAUAAUUUUGUUAAAGUUGGGCAGAUAAUAAAGUCUACUAAUUUAAAUCAGUAUUCCUAUUGUUA